UGACCAAGGAUUUAUUUUCGUCUUGAAAGACCAAAUCAUUUGAGAAUCAUGUGACCACAGAGAGCCGGGAGGUAGAAGGAAUUAGAGGCUGGUCAUGUUUUCUCAGACUGCAGCGUAAACUCAACUGUUGGAAUUUUAAGCCAGCGCAGCCAGACUUCACCUUACCCUGGAGACUUUCAGCUUUGAGCCUUGCCUGCAUCUGCCAGCUACAAAAAAUACGGUUAAUGUGUGCGGACAAGAAAUAUAAGGGUGCGAGGAGUCGAGAGACAAGAGUCGAUCUUGUUGUUUGAGCUGUGAUUGUGCUGGAUUUUGGAGUAGAUGGGUGUAGGAGAGAAGCUCUGCAAGCAUGAAGUGGGGCUGAAUGAAGACAUCAUGCUGCAACAGUGUGCGGGGGAGGAGAACUGGGUGGACAGCAGGACUGUGUAUAUUGGUCAUAAAGUGCCGCCGCCAGGCACUGAGGCCUACAUCCCUCAGAGAUACCCUGACAACAGGAUAGUCUCCUCUAAGUACACUUUUUGGAACUUUAUACCGAAGAAUUUGUUUGAGCAGUUUAGAAGAAUCGCAAAUUUCUACUUCCUUAUCAUCUUUCUUGUUCAGUUGAUUAUUGACACUCCCACCAGUCCCAUCACCAGUGGUUUGCCGCUUUUUUUUGUCAUCACUGUGACAGCCAUCAAACAGGGCUAUGAGGACUGGCUCAGGCACAAGGCGGACAAUGCCAUCAACCAGUGUCCAGUUCAUGUGGUCCAGCACGGUAAAGUGGUGCGGAAGCAGAGCCGCAAGCUGCAGGUGGGUGACGUGGUUUUGGUGAAGGAGGAUGAGACGUUCCCCUGUGACCUCAUCCUGCUGUCCACCAGCAGAGACGACGGAACCUGUUUCGUAACCACUGCCAGCCUGGACGGAGAGUCCAGUCAUAAGACCUAUUAUGCAGUUCAGGACACCAAGGCAUUCAACACAGAAGAGGAAGUGGAUACAAUACAGGCCACUAUAGAAUGUGAACAACCCCAACCAGACCUGUACAAAUUUGUGGGACGCAUCAAUAUUUAUUUGGACCGAGAUGAGCCUAUUGCUAGACCUCUGGGUUCUGAGAACCUGCUGCUGCGAGGGGCCACACUGAAAAACACAGAGUACAUAUACGCUGUGGCUAUCUACACGGGCAUGGAGACCAAAAUGGCCCUGAACUACCAGUCCAAAUCCCAGAAACGCUCAGCUGUAGAAAAGUCAAUGAAUGCAUACCUGAUUGUUUACUUAUGCAUCCUGAUCAGUAAAGCCCUGAUCAAUACCGUCUUUAAGUACGUGUGGCAGGCUGACCCGAACAGAGACGAGCCCUGGUACAACCAAAAAACGGAGACCGAGAGACAACGACACAUAUUAAUAAGAGCGUUUACAGACUUCCUGGCUUUCAUGGUCCUCUUCAACUACAUCAUUCCUGUCUCUAUGUAUGUUACGGUGGAGAUGCAGAAAUUCCUGGGCUCCUACUUCAUCUCAUGGGAUGACGAGAUGUUUGAUGAAGAGCUGGGUGAGGGAGCCCUGGUCAACACGUCAGAUCUUAAUGAAGAACUCGGACAGGUGGAGUAUGUCUUCACAGAUAAGACAGGAACACUGACUGAAAACAACAUGGAGUUCAUAGAGUGCUGUGUAGACGGCCAUGUGUACGUGCCACACGCCAUCUGCAAUGGACAGAUCAUGUCGGGAGCCUCUAGCAUAGACAUGAUUGACUCUUCACCCAGCGCUGAGGGCAAGGAGCAUGAGGAGCUGUUUUUCCGGGCGCUGUGUUUGUGUCACACAGUGCAGGUGAAGGAGGAGGAGACGGUGGAUGGCAUUAAGAGAGGGAUUCACCAGGGUAAAGCCACGUCUUUCUACAUCUCCUCCUCUCCUGACGAGGUGGCGCUGGUGGAGGGCAUGAAGAGGCUUGGAUUCACCUAUCUGCGGCUGAAGGACAGCCACAUGGAGAUCCUGAACAGAGAGGAUGAGAUCGAGAGGUUUGAGUUGCUGGAGGUGUUGAACUUUGAUUCUGUGCGAAGGAGAAUGAGUGUCAUAGUCAGGUCCAACUCUGGGGAGUUGUACCUGUUCUGUAAAGGUGCUGACUCUUCCAUUUUCCCGCGGGUCAUCUCGGGAAAAGUGGACCAGGUUCGGGCGCGAGUAGAGCACAACGCUGUGGAGGGUUUACGGACACUUUGCGUGGCCUAUAAAAAGCUGAGUCGGGAGGAGUACGAGCAAGUGUGUCAUCUUCUCAGCAGCGCUAAGCUGGCUUUGCAGGACCGAGACAAGAAGCUGGCCGAGGCUUACGACGUCAUUGAGAGAGAUUUCAUCCUGCUCGGAGCCACGGCCGUUGAGGACAGGCUGCAGGACAAAGCAGCAGACACCAUUGAGUCUCUGCACAAGGCUGGGAUGAAGGUGUGGGUCCUGACAGGGGACAAAAUGGAGACAGCAGCAGCCACCUGCUACGCUAGCAAGCUUUUCCGCCGCAACACGCAAAUCCUGGAGCUAACCACUAAGCGCACAGAGGAGCAGAGCCUGCACGACGUCCUGUUCGACCUGAGCAGGACCGUGCUCCGACAGCAUGGCAGCAUGACCCGAGACACCUUCUCUGGUCUAUCCAGUGAUUUUCAGGACUAUGGGCUGAUUAUUGAUGGGGCGACGCUGUCCGCGGUGAUGAAGCCGGCGCAGGAGGGCAGCAGCACUGGAGGAAACUACAAGGAGAUCUUUCUGGAGAUCUGCAGAAACUGCAGUGCUGUGCUCUGCUGUCGCAUGGCGCCACUUCAGAAGGCACAGAUUGUUAAGCUGAUCAAGGCCUCCAAAGAGCACCCCAUCACUCUGGCCAUCGGGGACGGGGCCAACGACGUCAGCAUGAUUCUGGAAGCUCACGUGGGCAUAGGCAUCAUGGGUAAGGAGGGGCGUCAGGCAGCUCGUAACAGCGACUAUGCAAUCCCAAAGUUCAAACACCUGAAAAAGAUGCUUCUGGUGCACGGACACUACUACUAUAUCAGAAUAUCUGAGCUGGUGCAAUACUUCUUCUACAAGAAUGUGUGUUUCAUCUUUCCUCAGUUCCUUUAUCAGUUCUUCUGUGGCUUCUCCCAGCAGCCACUGUACGACACAGCAUAUCUCACUCUGUACAAUAUCAGCUUCACCUCCUUGCCCAUCCUGCUCUAUAGUCUUAUUGAGCAGCACAUCAACAUGGACAUCCUAAAACGGGACCCCACUCUAUAUAGAGAUAUUGCGAAGAAUUCACUAUUGCAAUGGCCGAUCUUUGUUUAUUGGACGUUUCUGGGGGUCUUUGAUGCAGUGGUCUUCUUUUUCGGCGCAUUCUUCCUGUUCGACAAUACCACCUUCACCAGCAAUGGACAGAUGUUUGGAAACUGGACGUUCGGAACGUUAGUGUUCACAGUGCUGGUAUUUACAGUCACGUUAAAGCUCGCUCUUGACACACACUACUGGACGUGGAUCAACCACUUUGUUAUAUGGGGUUCGCUGCUUUUCUACGUGAUCUUCUCACUCCUCUGGGGGGGCAUCAUUUGGCCGUUCCUGAACUAUCAGAGGAUGUACUAUGUCUUCAUGCAGAUGCUGGCCAGCGGGCCUGCCUGGCUCAGUAUCAUACUGCUGAUCAUGGUCAGCCUGCUGCCAGAUGUGGUCAAGAAGGUCCUGUGUAGGGCACUGUGGCCUACCACCACUGAGAGAAUACAGAAUGCAGAUAAACUCUAUAAGGGUCACCUGUCGGAGUUCACCCCACUCUCCUCCCUCCACGCUCCACCUGUCCACGGACGGGGCCGCAACGAGGGCCAAAACCACACCCACCGCAGGUCUGACUCCUCCCCUCCCAAAAAAGUGAUGUACACCCACUGGGGGGGUGGGCCCAACUACUGCACUUUCCGCUCCUUCCUUCCGUUCGGGGAAAACCCGAGGCUGUCUGGGGUGGGCUACGCCUACACCGCACCCGGGCCUGAAACAUCCGUCUGAAAGUAGGAGAAACUAAACUAGUUUGGACUAGCCUGCUGGUCUAGAUGGACUAAACGUCUAGACAGUCCUAUGUUGACACUGGGAUGCCCCUUAGACUGGCGUAUGUGAACGUAGAACUGAUCCUGAAUCGAUACCUAUGAAAAAGUUGGUUGUCGAAGUACGCACUAGAAGUGCACACUUGAAGUGCACACUCAGUACUCCAAGGCAACACACAGCAACAGGGCUGGCUGUUGCUUGGUGCUUUGGAGUGCGGCCAGAUUGGCAGCUCCACAGGAGUGUUCAAAGUGCUGUGCAGGGGGGCCUUGGGACCCUUUUACCUUGAUUCACCUGUGUAGGGUGUGUGUGUGUGUGUGUGUGUGGGUAUGUAUGUUACCCUCAACUGUUCCUUCUCUCAUCCCAUAUACAAAUUACUUGAAACUAAUACACUUGCAUUGAGCAGUUUCCCCUCUCAAUGUCAAACAAACAUGGUAACACUUUUUUGUUGUCAUAUUCAAGGCUGUAUGACACCUAAAUAAGCUCUUCAUGACAGCUGACUUAAAUGGCCAUAAACAUUUAUAAUAUAUUGGUUUGUUCCAAUAUGCUUUAUCUGUCAGAGGUUGCAUUUGUUAGCUUUAAUGUCAAGUUGACUUAACACUAGAGUUUCUUUCUGACAUUAGGUUGUGUCAUGACACUUUCUGGCGUGAAAUGACAUAGCAUGUUAUGACAACUGACUGAUGAACUAUUGAAAGUGACAGAUAUUAUUGUUGUAAAAAUGAAUUAUGCAAAGACAUAAAAAAUACCUCAGUAGAUCAAGCUCAGUGAUUGGUCUGGCAAAAUACAUGUUACCAAUGUAGUUGACACAGAUAUAUUUGUUUUCAGUGCAAGUCAGUGUAAAAGGUUUCUCUGUUUGAUUGUAUGGAUUCAUCCAGCAUGGAUAAAUGGCUACAAACAGAAAAUUAUAGACUUUUUUUGGUUGUUUAUUACAUUGCGUAAUUGUCCAGUCAAGUGAAAUUCGUUAGGCUAUUCAAUUCAGUUCAGUUUAAAUGUAGAUGCAUGGUGCUUUUUUAAGUGGGUUUUUGUGGGAUGCAAAAGCUUUUGUGGUCAGUUGUAAAAGAUUGCAAACCCCUGAUCCAGUGACUUGUAAACUAGCCAGCCAAAUUGAGCCAUUGCUAAUUAUAUGUAUUGCCACAAACAGUUUGACUUAAUAAAACUUUAUAAAAGUGUCGUCACAACCCAACGUCUGAAAAACAUUCUGUCAUCUGACAUAGAACUUGACAUCAAAGCUGACAAAAGCAGCACUCGUGACAGAUGACACUUUGGGAUAAGAGUUUAUAAAUGUUUAUGUAGGUUUGUGUCAGCUGUCAUGAGGGGCUUGUGUAGGUGUUCUAGUCUUGUGAGCACUACAACAAAGUGUUACCACAAAUACUUACCCAAUAGUGCACAUAGUACACUCUGAAUGUGGAUAAAUGUUUGGCAUUUAAAAUGGCCUUGCAUGCUCUGAAAACUGAUCCUCAUUUUUUUCCUCUUUUUUUCUCUUCAUUUUCUCCUGUUUUUCUUCUCUCUCUUUCUUUUUCUUUUUCUUUUUUAUGUAGAACAAACUGGUGUUGCCUUUGUGCAAAUCUGUUUUUGAGGAACACCCCAUAAGGCGUUGUUAUUUUUCACUGUAAGUGGCUGAACUCUGGCCAGUGUUGCCUCUUCACUAGACUAGACUAGUCAAGACUGUGUCGUGAGUCUGCACGUGUCUGGUGUCUUGGAGACACAAGAUGCAAGCUGUAACUGGACUGUCACAACAUUUCUUCCAUAAUACAACACCAAAUGGAGUAGCUUAGCUCCUACAGUGAGACUUUGACGAGACAUUAACUCUCUCGCUAAAAAAUAGGGAUGCACGAUGAUAUCAGAAUCGUAUCGGCAGAUAGUUACUUUAAAAAAAUGAUUGGCAUUGGACAGAUGAUAAGAUUUUACUAAUAUGUCUAAACAAUAUUUGAUGACAUAUUUAUUGUUCUUCAGAUCAACAGAAUGUUUAGGCGAUGAAACGCUAUGAAAAUCAAAGUUACAUUUCUCUGUAAUGCUAAUCCAGGUAGAUAUAAUCCCUGUUUCUUCAUUUUAUUAAUCCUUAUUUAUCCGUAUCAGUAGAUAUGUAUGUAAAACUUUUCGGAUAUCGGGAUCGGCUCACUAUUCCCAUAGCGGUGCAUCCCUAUUGCAGUCUAGAACAACAUUUCUCGACUCCAGUCCUGGAGGAAAAACACAAAACUACAGUGUAGGUGGACCUCCAAGGCUAAGGUUAGGAAAUGCUGGUCUAGAACCGUGUGGUUCCAUGUUGUCAUGACAGCUAGUUUCUUAUUGUUAAGCAUAGUUGCGUAGAGAUUGGCUGUAGAACCCGUCAGCCCCUUCCCUUUAAAAACAGUCUUUUUAUUUGAGCUUCUCAAAAAGCAGAAACAAGAAGCUAGCAGCUUCACUAGCGGGUUUUGCUUACAGAGCUAACUAUCUACCUUAGCAUCCAUGUUGUUCUGCCUUAAUGCCACAAUGUCUCCCAUGAUUCAUACUGUAGUUUGGACACCAAAGGUUGUAAAAUAAGAGUAAACUAGCGUUAUUUUUGCCUUAUAUACAGAAUGAGGGAGUGGGGAACGGGUUAUUAGAAGAAUCCCACCGCACUGCCUUAAGUUCACAUGUUGCACCAGCAGAGGGAUAAAGAGAGCUAGCGUUGAUGGAAAGUACCUUUUUAGGCUGAUCUGAGAUCAGUUUUUCCUGACAUUAAUUACAGUGUUUAUGGUUUUUAAUGAGUGGUCAUGGUUUAGCAUAAAAAGGUGGGCUUCUUGCUGGAGAGACAGGUAGCAGUAGUUUAGUUCUUAUGAUAUCUGCCACUGCUAGCUUAGCAACCCAAGGCUCUUGAUUACAUGUUUGUUCCUGACAGAUUCUUUUAGCCUCUAACGGUUCACAGUUUAUUUGCUCAGUGCCUAACUUUCAUAUUAGCAUAAGCGUAUUGUACGCAGCUUUAUUGCACUCCUCAUAAAUAUAGGCUUCUAAUUCCAUGUUGGAGCUUUUUGUUGCUAAGCUAAGCUAGCUUCAUUCUGUCACUCACUACCAGACAGUCUUUCAACGUCAUGUGUCAGUUGUCCAGUUCACCAUUUAAUGUGUCGUCUAAUAAGCAGGUUUGCUCUGGGCCUCAAUCUCAAAUGGAUUACUGUUCACUCUGUGUAUUAUUUCCCUUUAAUGGUCAGAUGCCCUAGCUAGACUGCACCUCAUAGUGGACAGAGGAGCCAUUUAAGAUUCACCUUUGCAAACAUGGUUUUUGCGACUGGUGCUUGGCUUAUAAACUAUGAAAGCAUCUCAUUAACAUUGGACAACUCUUAGAGCAGCUGAACUGGAAAACUGAGCUGAAUCUGAAUUGGGAAAAUGCCAGGUGUGAACGCAAAUUCAGAUCUACAUUCCAAUUCAGAUUCUCGAAUGCUUUAAAAUAACCAUGCAUUUUAUAAAUCUCACUCAUCUCACCAGUUUGUCUUUGUGCCUUUUGUUUCCUUUCAUUUUACAUUCCAUUUCCUUGUCCUCUUUUGUCCUUGCUUGCUUCCUCAGAUGUCUUCUGGGUUCUUCCCUUCUUUCACUGUCUGUCUUUUACACCACCACAUGGCCAAGCAUCCAUCUCAGAAGUCAUAACCAUCAUCCAUGGCAGAGUCAGAGAGAGGGGGAGUGGGGGAGGGUGAUCGAGGUUAAGAGAGCAGGUGUUGAUUGCUAAAAAGACCAAUGUUCAGAUAGUGUUAUUGUAUUAUUAUUAUUUUUUUAUGUCUUAGCUGCUUGUGAGUAGGUGCCUUCUGGUGCUUCUUAAGAAGUACCCGAGUUUAUGUACAACCAUUCAAAUGUUAAAUUAGGAAAAGGUCAUGAUGCAUGUAUAUUUUUCUCUGAAGCUGGUAGAAUAUGAGGAAUGUCCAAGUGAAUGCUUUGGAAUUUUUUUUAUUUUUUUUUUAUUUAUUUUUUUUUGUCAUGUGUGACGUUCAGUUAUGGAAGGGGGGAGGCAAGGGUGCUUCUUUGGAAAGAUGUACAUUUCUUAGAUGAAAGUUUAAAUGUUUGUCACAAUCAAAAUCAAAAUGCUAGAAUGUUCUAUUUCAUGCAUACAUAUAUCUAUAUAUAUAUCGAUGUGUGUCCAUGAGGUUUACAAUUAUCUAAUGAAUGAAUGGAUGGAUGGAUGAGUGAACGAGUGAAUAAAUGAAUGAAUGAAUGAACAACCUAACUUGGUGAAUGGGUGGCUUUGCUUCUGGUCCAAAGGUAUAUUGCUCUAAUGUGACAGAAUGUAAUCAUUGUCAGUCAGCACUCAGAAACACUUGUUCUUAGGUUAUCAGCGUACGAGUUAUCGUGAGUAUUUGCAUGUUCUGUGUUGCGGAGGUAACAGUGUAGCUGCUAAGCUGAACGAACCCUGUUUAUGUAUGUUGCAUCAUAUUCUCAUUGUAAUCCACGUUCUCCUCUGACACACUUCUGUUUCGAUUUGUCACAGAAUGCUGCGAAUGCUAAGACGUGUCCUGACUCAGUGUUAUGAGGUAGACCUACUGUAUCUAAUUCUGAAUUGCUCUUUAAAAACUACUUAUCUAACUUGAAACCUGAAACCAAACAAGGGCAUAUUUAUAUACUCUGUAGGUUAUAAUUUUCAAGUAACACUCAUUUGCGCACAGUGCUUACAUAUGGUUACCAUUCUACUGUUAAAUUUCGCACUAUUUUUUUAAACCACUAUAUAAUGAUUUUGGGUUGUUGGAACCUAAAACCAGUGUGGCACUGAAAGAAAAAUAGAGCUUAUUUGUUCGUUUAUUUAUUCUGUCAAUGUUGCUGAGUUUUUUUUUUUUCAGGAUUUUGAAUGUAAAAAUGGAGCAGUUCGUUCAAAAAAUGCUAACGUUGCUAAUAACAAACAGAAGCAGAUAGCAACCAGUUAGCAAAGGACAUCAUGCUAUGAGCUUCCACUCAAAGUUAGCCACGUUAGCAUGUUUGGUCGAGCUGUUCCUUUGGAAAAUCCAAGCCACUUCAUAUUGCUCCAUGUGAAAUGUAAGUGUUGUCACUGGAUAUGUUACGAACAAUAACAGCAAUGAUGUGAAUUAGCAGAGCUAAUUUCUCCGUACAGCGCUUCAGGACGGGGCUACGAGAACAAACAGCUCCCUUACAAAUGUGUUGAAUGAAGAGCAAGAAACCUGUGUUGCUCUUUGUGAGCCUUUUCCAACAAGCCACUGUACCGCAUCAGAACUUUUUGGGUAACCCAGGAAUCACUCCCUGGACGCUGGGCUUUCCUGAACGUAGCCUAGCGCUGACUAACACUGGAUACUGUCCUAAAACUGUCAGACAUGUAGGUAUUUUGUAUCUUAUUGGGGGGAAAAUGUCAUUUUGCUACUUUUUGUAUUCAGAGGUUCAACAGUACUACUUACUUGUCUCAAUUUAGAGUGUUGCUUUCAGUUUUAUACCAACCAAAAUUAGAGACAUAGCAGACAACCUCCGCGUUAAAAACAACAAAAGGAAGAGGCUAAAAAAUGGCUUUAACCUUCUUCUUUCCUCUUGACUUUCAACGUUACGGUUUUGAUUAGAAACGUCGACGUGCACUGUUUCUACGCGGAUGUAUAUGUGACACUUGCUCACACUGAAAAUAGAAAGACACUUUGACGUACGUUUGCUGCUGUUCUAAAAGUGUGACCAAAUACUCUUUUAUUCUACACGUCUACUGUUUUCAUUUGAGGCUUUACUGACUCUAGUGGGGCUAAAUCAAUGCCAGCCUAUUCAGAUUAACCGAAUGUGUAAUUGCAUUUUUGUUUGUUUUUCUUUUUCAAUUCAUCAGCACAAUGUGUGAUGUUGCUCUUAACUGAAUAUAUACUGUAUAUUUAAAUGUAUACUGUACAGCAUAUAUGUAGUAAUAUGAAUCAAUGUACAGUUUGGGGGUCUUUUUGUAUACAGUUUUUAACAGAUUGGUAUCUGUAGAUAUAUGUGGAUUUUUGCCAGCUUUUCUGUAGCUAUUAACAGCAAAAAACUGUAAAUUUGCUUGUAAUAAACAGAGAAACAAGAAA